AUGUGCACCACGCUCUUCCUGCUCGGCACCUUGGCCAUGCUCUGCCGCCGCCGAUGUGCCAACCGGGUCCAACCGGAGCCCAGCGGAAUGAAUGGGACAGUUGUGGGCAGCUGUUCGGACUCCGAUCUCCAGUCCUCGGGCAGGGAGAAAGAUUCUCUGAAGUAAGCCCUCACUGCUUUCGGAUCAGCUCCAGGGACUGGAAUCUGCCGGCCCAGGCAGAUCAAGGUUUGGUUCGUCCCUUAGCCUGGGAGGAUGUUGCAGAGGCAGAAGCAGCUGCAAAAGAAAGAAUGGGAGAAGCAGCAGUGGAGAAGCAUGCACCAGGAGCCUACAAUGCACACUGAGCGAGGCGAAGCCGAUAGAGAGGCCGACCUGCCCUGUGCUGAGAGAGCCACGCAUUGAUCCUGGCCUAGGAAGCUGACUUCUGCCAGCUUGGCUGUGCCUGCCCACGUGACCUUUUGUUCUCGGGACCUCAGUUUCCCCCCUCAGUAAACAUGUGGAACCUACGUGGGCUGACGUUCAGAUGUCAACACUAAUAAGCUCCCCAGGAAACAAACUGUCCAGAAAAUGAAGGGAAUGGAGCAGAUGAUCUCCAGGGCCCCACAGACUUUCCCUAUCAAGAGAGAUGAUAAUGGCUUAUGUCCGGAGGUUGAGGACAAAGACUUGUCCACAUGACAAACAUUUAGGAUGUGUCUGCAUGCCAGGAGACAAAAACGGAUUAAAGGCUUCUGCCAAAAACAACUAGAAAACUGGGCAAAACAUAAGAAACAGACACGACAACAGGCAGCACACAGGACAGUGACCCUGGCUACCCAGAGGUGGUCCCCUGCCUGUGGCUCGGGGAAAUCCAGGCAGUGAGGAGACAGUUGUGGCGUUCUUGAUGGUGUACUAGAACAGCAUCAAGGGAAAUUCAACAGAGAAUGAAAGGUCCUUUCAGUGGAAUUCGGAAAACAUAAAAGCCAUUGGACUUGAUGAGAAGAAAAUUUAAACCUGUCAUGGUGGCGCACGCCUUUAAUCCCAGCACUUGGAAGGUAGAGGUAAGAAGAUCACCAUGAGU